UUUCAACCAAUAAACAAGCUAAUUAAUAAACAUCAAAGAUGGAAAAAAUGUCUUUACACAAAAAGCAUCAAUUCUUUAUUGUUGUUUAUGUUAUCGUACUCGCCACGAAAUGGACCACCGUCGAUGCUGAUGAAGUACCGGCGUUUUUUCUAAAGAUUGCUAAGAAUAUACCAAGAGUUGGGCGCAGUGGAAGGUCCGAGGAUUUUUUCCUCAAGCCUUCGAGGAAUAUUCCGAGGGUCACUAGAGGAGAUGAAAACUUUUCAACCAACGACUUGAUAAUGUCUUAUGCGAAUGAAAGAAAUAAUCAGGAGCUCAACAAAAGGAUGAUAAAUUAUCCAGCUCCAGGAAGUACGGCAUUAAAUCUAGAUUCUAUGUCUUGGGAACAUUUUCCACUUGCCAUUGAAGGACCACCUGAACUUUGGCGUACUCUUGCUUCCUAUGCUAACGAUAAAUAUGGACCUUCGUCGGAUGACAUCGACAAUGAAGUUUGGCAACGAAACAAACGUAAGAAUGAUAACAAACCAUCAUAAUCAUCAUUAACCAUUUUUCAAGAAGUAAAAAUAAGAAGCUAGAGAAAAAUUUUACAAAAUUAUACAUCGAUAUUUGUAACCGGGGAUGUGUUAAUUGGGUGAAGGGAAAAUAAUUGAAAAAUGUAUUAGUAGUUUAAUAGAAAGCAAAAAUAAAUUGUGGUUUUACAAUUCAG